UCUAUUUAUACUUGUAUAAAAGGAGAGUCUUUGUUUAGUUUAUUCUUAUAAUAUUUUAGUUCCUUUUUGAACAUAGUCUCCUUGCUCAUUCAAAUAUUUUGAAGUCACCUGUAAAAAGUACUGUGUGAUCUGAAUACCUGAUAGAUACCAUAAAAACAAUUACAAAAUGAAGAUAAAGGGAUUUUCAAAGUUAGUUAAAGACAACCUGAAAGAACACAAACUAAAAGACUGCGAUGUUGUGAUCGACGGUCAAAACUUCUUUUAUAACAAGUACAGCGACAGCAAGCUGCCCUAUGUUUAUGGGUGUGAGAGCGACCGGUAUGCAGAAUAUUUAAGAAAUUACAUGUCUAUUUUCGAUAAAGCAAACGUUAAAUGUUACGUUAUAUUUAAAGGCGGUCAUCGCGAUAUUAAUAAGAAACACGAGCACCCUGGUGGCUACAAUUAUUUUUGGGGACAGAAAGAAAUAGUUUUGCCUAUAUUCAUGAAAGAAGUCUACAAGCAGGUACUUGAUGAAAUGGAUAUCGAAUAUUCAAUCUCUGAAUUCGAAGCAAAGGAUGAAGUGAUUGCUUUCGCGCAUACAAAGAAGUGCUGUAUUAUCAGCAAUGAUAUUGAAUUUUGCUUCUCAGGAGAACCCUACGUACCGUAUGAUACUAUUGAGUUUGAUCCCGGUACUAAUUCAAUCAAUUGCGGAUUAUUUGUUUUGGAUGACUUUUUACUAAAGUAUCGUUUGAACCAUGACAAAAUAGCGAUAUUUGUCACAUUGACGGAUACAACAAUUUUCGAUGAAACUUACUUUGAGAAACUCCUAAAAAGAAUGAAAAUGUUAAAUAGAAACAAAAAUAUUUUACUGUUACAAUGGCUUGCUAAAACUUCCACACAAGGUGCACUUAAUGCAAUUAAAAACUCUUUGGAAGUGCAUCAGAAUAGAUUUUUACAAGAGUUGCAAAAUGUCAGGAAUCGAUACGAGAAGAAAAUAUGUCGAGUGUCUGCUUCAUAUUUACUACAUAAAGAUAUACUUACUACUGACAAUGAUCUUCGGUGGUUUGAGAAAGGCGUUACAUUAGGGCACAUUGCUAUUCCUUACAUCAAUCUUUACUAUUCAAAUAUUAUGGUUGGUUCAUGGGCCAUAGAAGGUAAAGACUCCGAAGACAGUCUUUACUUUUCGAUGGAAAUUAUAAAGUAUGCAUAUAAUUUACUGACUAAUUUUGAAAAGAAUGAGUUUCAAUUUAAAGAUAAACACCAAGUGACGCACACAAUAAGAACAACGAACGCAAUUGUAAAGAAGCCUCAAUACGUAAAUUUCAGCCCUUUCGAAAACGGAUGGGAAGGCGCGUUGAAGACUCAAAGGCUAUUCGAACAUUUUUUGGAAAGUACCAUGCCGGGUUUUAAUUUUGAUCACUUGAAGUUAUUACCGGAAGAUGCGAGACUCCUCGUUAUAGCUCUGAUUUACUUCUCACACAAUAAGUCCGAGGAUGUUACAGAUAUCGUUCACAGCGUACUACUCUCGUACACUAUGUUGCGAGUUACAGCUGUACAGAAUAGCAGCACAUUUAUGAAGGCAGACAUCGACGCGGCAAGACAUGAGCUGGCGCAGUUUUUCCAUAUUACACCGCUUGAAGCGGAAGAUAUAUAUGACGAAAAACUACUAUAUCCACUGGUUCAAUUUCAAUUUUGUUUCAUUCAUUUGAAUUAUUUGAAUAAACUAUGCGGUCGUCCUUAUGUACCGACAGUUUAUCAUUUAACAUACAACGGAACGUUCGUAUACAAAGUUCUGUUUGCAGCCAAAGACAAUGGUCAAGGCGCUAAAUUUAUCUCUCAAAAAUUAGGCUGCGCCCCGUCUUUGUUGUCAUUUUAUGAAAGCGUUUAUAAAGUGUUUGAAGAAACGAAACUUUCCAUUGAUUUAUAAAUUGUUUUUGUAUAUUAAUCGAUUUUAUAUUAUAAUUAUUUUACAUAUAAUUAUUAUUAUUCUCUUACUAUUGUUAUUAUGAUUUGUUAAUAAUUGACAUCGUUUAAAGUCUUUAAAAAACAUUUUAAACUUGAUACAGUAUAAUAAAAUAUUUAAAAAAUACAUAACUACGUUUAAAAGACUUGAUAAUCAUAGAUACAUGACAUCAUGGGAUAUAAUUAAGGCUAAAGUCGAUAAAGUUCAAAGCUAUUGAUAUUCUGGGUAUUGAUGCUAUAAAUCUGAUAUUAUAAACGAUCCGACGCAAAUAGCUAAUAUUUCUAAUGAUUGACAUCUAUCGCGGAAAAAAAACUUCCCGAACAAGUCAUAAUAUUGAUAAUUGUAUUGGAUCAAGUAUUUUUCUCAAACCCUGUGAUCCAUCUACAAUAUACAAACACAUAAUGUCACUAAAAAUACUAAAUCAGUGGGAUUUGAUAUGGUUUCAAGUAUAUUAAUGAAAAUAUGUGCUGGCCUUCCUAAUUUUCACGCAGUAUUAAUCUCUCAUUUGUUCAAAGAAUAUUUUCUGAUAUGUUAAAAACCAGCACAGUAUAACCCUCAUUUAAAAAAGAUGACCCAUGUGAAAUAAAUAAUUAUGGCUCUUUAUAAAACAUUGCCUUCAAAUUUUUCAAAAAUAUUUGAGAAAGCAAUGCAAGCCCGUUUAACGCAUUUUUUUAAGUAAAUUUAAAAUAAUUAAAUACGAACAAAAUAGUUUUCAAAAAAAUAAAUCAACUACUCUGGCUACAUUCUAUCUGGUUAAUAGCAUUCCACAAAAUAUCGAUAACAAUAAUCCUGUCGCUGUGAUAUUUUUGUAUAUGAGUAAGGCAUUCGAUUUGGUUAACCACGUAACAUUAAUAAAUAAAUGUGAAAUCUAUGAUAUUAGAGGUCUAACACUGAAAUGGAAUGAAAGUUAUUUAACCAAUCGAUAUCAGUGUGUUGAAAUAGAGUUAAUGAAAACCAAAAUUCAGAAUCAUUUUAUUCAAGGUUACAACAUAAUGACGCCAGGAGUCCCCCAGGGAAAUGUUUUGGGGCCACUCUUUUUUCUUUUAAACAUCAAUGACUUGUCUAAUUCUAGAAAAAAAAAAUGUGUUUUAUUUGCUGCAAUGUGUAUCAUUGAUAAUACCUAAUAAUAAUAGAAUAUUGAAUUAUGAAGACCAAGUAUAUAUUUGUCUGAAAGAAGUAGAUGUUUGGCUAAAACGUAACAAUUUAAAUAUAAAUUUGACAAAAACAAAAUACAUUCAGUUUGCAAAUUAUAAGACGACUACUAAAAACUUUAAAUAUAAAAUAUUGAGAUCAAACUACACCUAUCCCCCGAUUUACACGGUAGAUACGUUCCUGAGAAAAACGUGUAAAUCUAAAAUUAAAAAUUUUCAAGUCAAAACCGUGUAUAUCGAAAAGCUUGCAGAAAAUGCAUAAUUUUGCUAUUUAACAGUUGUGAUUUUUUUCAAUAUUUUUACGUGUACACAGAAAUAAAAAUAAAAAUUUUCAUUUGUUCUAAUAGUUCUUAUUGUAGCUUCGUUCAUGUUAUAUGAUUUUGCAACAUCUAUUACUCUAUCUCCCUUUCGUAAGCGAUCCAAAAUUUCGAUUUUAGUUUCUAAAGAAAUAACUUUUCUUUUAACUUCUUUCGACAUUAUAAGCCUAUAUUUUUUUUUAAUUUAUGUUAAUUUAUAAAAAUCAUAAUUAUGCACUCACUUCUAAUUUACGAAUAUGAAAAAUUAAAUCUUUCUGACACUGUGAAACUUUCACUCAAAUACAAUUUUCCGUAGAUAAAACUUUAAUUUUAUGCGAAGAAAUACAGACACAGUGUGCAUGUGCAGCAAGUCAGCACAUAAGAUCGGGAUUCCCUGUGAGAUGUGUACAUAGCGCACGUGUUCAAACAUAGUAGUAUUUAGUAGAGUGCGAUAAAAAAAAAACUUAUUUGGAAAACCGUGUAAAAGCGAAAACGUGUAAAACAAGUACCGUGUAAAUCGGGGGAUAGGUGUAUUGACAAAGAUAAAACAAUAAAAUUUUUAGGAUUAGUCCUAAUAUUUAGAUGAGAACUGUAAUUGGAAGAACCAUAUUAACAAUCUGUGUACGAAAAUUAACAUGUUUGUGUAUUUACAUCGACGAUUAAGAGCUAAUUCAAGCAUGAACACUGCCCUCAUAGCUUAUCACGGCUAUGUAGGUUCUAAACUAUUUUUUUUGUAUACAACAUAGAAUGGCAAACAAGCUGACGGCCCAUCUGAUGGAAAGUGGUAACCGUCGCCUAUAGACAUGAGCAGUACCAUGGACAUAACAGAGUAUACAGUUUCGCCCAUGAUACCCCCCAUGUGUUGUCAUUCCUGAGGACUCAGGUAUUAUUCCUCUGUAUCCAGUAAAUUCACGCCAUAUCCCACCCUUCAAACCGAAACACAGCCAUGCAAACACUACUGUUUCACGGUUGAAACACGAAUGGUACCCAAGCAAUCGACUUUUGUACAAAGUCUCCCUCUGGUAAACUAAAUAUGGUAUUUUAUUAUGGGGUAACUUCACGUUUAUUAACAAAGCACUUAUUGCACAAAAAAAAUGUAAACAAGCAAUCUUUAAUAUACAGCCUGGGGAAUCGUGUAGAUCGGUGUUUUCCGACGUGAAACCCACGCCCCACAGAGGGGCCAUAUGAUGGUUUAGAGGGGGUUGGGGGGGGGGGGGUCAAAUAAAAAAUGGAAAUCAAGCGAUUUUAACCCUCUUGCUCCGGGCCAUUUAAAUGCAAUGCUGCGAGUAGAUAUCGGUGCCAAAUUUAACAAAAAAAAAGUAAAAAAAUGCUGUAAUAAAUAUUUACAGCAUUUUUUUUACUUUUUUUUUUAAUUAUUAUUAUAACAAUAUUGUACACACUAAUCAGACCUACCAAUACGUAUUAAUACCAAAUGGGAUGAAAUUGUGUUUAUUGACAUAUUUUUUUUAUAAAAAUUGUUAACAUUGUUUAUUUAAUAUUAAAGUAUUUUAAAUUUUUUCAUGUCUAAUUGUGGCGAAUUAUGUGGACUUAAUAUUAUUUUAGCACCUGUGUAUUUACCAUAUUUCUUGCAUAUAAAUAUUCAUUCAUUCAUUCAUUUAUGUUGUUUUAUGUAUUAUCUAUUUUUAUGAACAUGUUGUGUGUGAUUAGUAACAUACAAAUAAACGAUAUAUCUAUCUAUCUAUCUAUCUAUUUAUAGAAUUUAGUAAUAAUAGUAAUAAAGAAAUUAAAGUUUGUAUUCUUGGA